AUGGCCGUUAACUAUGGAAAAAUUGUCAGCAGCAAGACAAUUGCUCUGGCUACUCAGGAAGUUAUAGACAGAAAGUUAGAAGCAAAGGUGGAUGCCUUAGAAGAAGCAAUUUUACACAUAGGGCAGGAAUUAACAGCGCUCAAAGCCGGAACACCCCUCCCCCGCUCCCACCCCUUCCCGCCCGCUUCACGAACUGGGGCUUCUCGGCUCGCCCUAGAAGCUCUGCGCUCUGGGGAGGCCGGAACCUCGCCUCUCCGCUUCCCCCUCUCGCCUGCCUGCCCCGCCCCCCGCCCCCGCGCCCAGCGCCGCGCCGGGUGCGCUGGAGAAGCUCAACACAUGUCAAUUGAAUUGAACUGCUGCGGGCGCAGGCUGUACGCCGCCGCCGAGCUCCUAUCAGCACGACGUUACCGAGUGGAAAUUUAUGGAGCGAACGGUGCGCUUUACGGUAAUUGCGGUCCUCCACCGGCCUUCUGGGUAGCGAGGGGAGUCUCCGCGCGCGGCUGGGAGAGCCGCCCCCGCCGCCCCCCAUCCCCUCGGCUCAGGAUCAACGGGCCGCCCGCGCCGCCGCCGCCGCCGCCCAAGUCGGUCUCUCGCUCGCCCAGGACGCGCGCCCGGGCGGGGUGUGCGCAGCCAACUCGGUCCAAGCGGGGGAGGGGAGGACAAGGGGCGAGGGGGACGCCACCCAAGUGGUCUGGGGUUCGGACCCAGAUAGGCGAAACGCGCCGGGAAUCGAUGACGGCUGGGGAAACUCGGGCAAACCUUUUUGGGGAAUCACCCCUCCGACACCCCACCGCCCAGGCGCUGCAACGGAGGGAAAUCGAGCAGAGCGAGGGGUUCCGACUCGGCCCGCCCGCCAGCCAGCCAGUCAGUUUCCUGAGUUCCUGGGAAGGCCUUGUUUCCCCAAAGGAACGAUUUCUGGUAGAAGUCUGAAGGUCUGACCCAAGAAAAAUAAUCCAGUAUAGCCAAUGAAUUGAGGACAAGAAGGUUUCCAAUCAGGUGUCAAACAAUUUUCUAAGUCCUU